CAGUGUACUGGAUGCAGAGGCAUUCCCGGCUCACGGAUAACCUUCUACUGCAGCAGGAACUGCCAGGAAGCCCAUUGGGAAGUUCACAAAAAGACUUGCUGGAGCCUCAUUGUCCGCAAGCGGUUCUAUCGCGCUGCGCAGUUGCUGAAGGAUGCGUGGCUUGUCUACCGCAGAAUCUCGUACGACGUACUGGUUGAAAGAGUCGAGAUUGUUAAAAAUGACAUUCUCGUCACUGAGGGCGAUAUGCAACUUGCUCGCAAGCAGAGGGGAGGACGCAUGACGUUUAGUUUUCUGGAUAGCUCGGUUGAAAAUGAGGAAGUCAAGAAGGCCAUUUUGUGUGAUAUCAUGUGCAUGGACGCUGUGGCGUACAUGCACGAGACCAUCAAAUCCGUUCUUUCGGGACUUGUUUCUCAAGCCCCCAACCCGUUCGCUGAGUUAGACCUAGAGGUCAAGAACCAAACUUGGAACGUCAGGCAUAUCAAACCCAGUGGACUGCACGAUCCCACCCAAUACGACCACCACGUUCUCCGGAUCAAAGUCAAGAACGGCGAAGACUACAUUCUCGGCUUGACAUCUGCGCAGUACGGCUGGCACGAUGAUGCUUUCCCAUACCAAGAGUACAUGGAC